AUGGACCCAGAAGACGUAAAAGAUCUUGAAAAAUACAUCAGGGACAAACGGCGCGCAGAAGCCAAAUGUAACCUGAGCGAGGUGGCUCAACUUUGUAAUUGCAUCGGAGAAAUUUAUUCCAAAUAUGGGCGGUACGAGGAUGCAGUACAAGAACACAGCCAGGAGAGGUAUUUAAGUGAGACACUAGGAGACAAAAUUGGAGAAGCCGUGGCCUGCAGAAAGAUUGGAGAAAAUCUUUGUUCUCAGGGACUCUACAGAGAAGCUUUAGAGUUGCAAAAAAAUCAUUUGACUAUUGCCAGAGAAUGUGGAAACCACAUAGAAGAGCAGAGAGCCUGGGCCACCAUAGGAAGAACUUACCUGUCACAGGCAGAGAGCAAAAAUAUCCAGGAAUCUUCUGUAGCCAACAAGAAGGCAGAGAAGGCCUUUGUCAAGGCUUUGGAGGCGUGUGACAAAGUCAAGGCAUCAGUCAAGCCUGCUGAGUAUAUGUCCAUGAAGGGCAGAGUUUAUCUAAACUUAGGCUUAGUUUUUGACUUGAGGGGUAAUUUGAAAGACAGCGCUGACAUGAUGAAAAGAGCAGUUGUAAUUGCAGAAAAAUUCAAGUUGUAUGAAGAGUCAUAUUUGUGUCAUGGAAGUCUUGCUAGCUUGUACCUCAGGGGAUGUCAGUUCAGUCAGGCUUUAAGGUCACUGGAUGUGGCACUGACGAUGGCAGAGAAGCUCAGGAAUAAAGUGUGGGAGAGAGAGACCUACAUACAGAAAGCCACGGUUCUGGCCAACUGUGCUGAUUUUCUCACAGCCAAACAUUGCCUCAAGAAAGCUCACAAGAUUAAAGUAGAGUCAGAUGUCAGUGAAGAGAAACUGGUGAAGAUGUUUCAUUGUGUGAACAAAAUGCAGGAGGCUAGCCAGGAUUUGCAGACUAAGACUAAUGAGAAAGAACUUGCCAAAUUGUACGAAGUCAUGGCAGACAGUGCUGCAGAACUAGGAAAUUAUACCCAAGCUAUUGAAAAUUACUUGAAAGUU